AUGACUUUAGAAAAACUCAAACAAAAUCAUUUCAACAAAACUAUAGAUAGCGGUAUCCAAAUUAAUGGAAGGGGAAUUUGUCCAUCAGAUUUAAAUCUCAGAUGUAGUAUUGGAAAUGAACUUGCUAACUUUCAUAGCAUAAUAACAUGGAAUUCAAAUCACACAUUUAGUUUUUCUGGAAACUGUUCUUUUCCACAAACAAUAUCUAAUGAAGGCAAUUAUAUAUUGGAAGUCUGGGCCCAAUCAGAUAAUAAAUCCAUAAAAGUAAAAUCUGAGCUAUUCAAAUUCUAUAGAAACUUUCCGAUUCUAAGGGAAUUUCAUACAGACAAAGACAGAUAUGUACACAAAAAUGAUAGUGUAAUUUUGGUUUCAGGAAGCGUUUCAGAUUUUGACAUAAUUGACAAUAUCACAGUUACAGGAACAAUUGUUGAAGGCAUAAAUUACACUAGUCAAGUUAAUAUCAAGAGCAAUUCUAAUUAUCCUUUUGAACUCAGCAUUCCUAUUCCUAAUAAUCUUUCGUCUGGAGAACAUCAACUUAUCAUUAAAUGCUGUGACAAUACUAAUAAAUGUGUUUCAGGUAAUAAAACAUUUAAUUACGAAUACAAUAGUCCAGUUCUAACAGUUUCAAAUCUAAGUAAUCGAACAUUUUUUCACAAUAUAGAUAACAUAAUUCCAGUUUCAGGUACUGUUUCAGAUUUCGAUGGUGAUGUCGAUUUUAGUUUUACCUAUAGUAUUGACGGAAAUUCAGACAAUUAUAUGCCAAUAUCAGCAGAUAGUCCAUUCAGUAUCGAUAUUUCUAUUCCAGAUAAUCUUUCACAAGGAAAACAUCGUAUUUCCAUAGUAUGUUGUGAUAAUCAUGGUUGUUGUGUUUCAGACAAUACAGAAUUCAAUUACGAGUAUAACAAGCCAGAAAUUAAAAUUAUCGAAGGACCAUCAUUACCUGUUUAUAUUAACAGGGAUAAUUUUAUUAAAUUCGUUCUUAAUGUUUUAGAUAUUGAUGGAAAUAGCAAUAUUAGUAUUUAUCACGAUCUCAAUCACACAAUCGGAAAUCUUGUUAACAUUAGUCUUCAUAAUAAAACAGCCCAAAAAGUUGAAUAUUAUAUUCCAAUUACAAGCGAAAUUAAUAUUGGUGAAUGUGAAAUUCAGUUUCAUGCAGUUGAUGAAUAUGAUCUAUAUUCUAAUCAAGAAAAAAUCAUUAUAAAAUUUGAAAAAUACAUAUCAGAAGAUCUACAUAUAUACUCUUUUACGAAACGAAGAAGACAUUGA